AGAGUUUUUAUUUUUUCAAUAUGGAUACUAGCAUGGAAAUUAUAAACGACAGUGAAGUAGCUGCCCAACAAGCGGUGUCUACUGUCGUGUCAAAUGCUCCUAAUAAUUCUGGUUUAAUGGUCGCUUUACAUCCAUUGACGUUGUUGAACAUAUCAGAUCAUUUUACACGUGUACGAAUGCAAGAACAAAUACAAAGCCCACAAGUAAUUGGAGCAUUGGUUGGUACUCAAACGGGGCGUGAAGUAGAAAUUACCAAUUCAUUUGAAUUAGCAUUUGAUGUAGUUGAUGGAAAAGUGAUAGUGAAUGUAGAUUAUUUUACAACAAAGCAAGAUCAAUUCCGCCAAGUUUUUCCACAGUUUGAUUUCUUGGGAUGGUAUACUUUGGGACGAUAUCCAACCGAAAGUGAUAUUGAAAUCCAUAAACAGAUGAUGACAUGGAAUGAAAGCCCUCUUUUUCUUCAAAUGAAUCCUUUUGAUAUUGUCACAUCGAAGAAUUUACCAAUCACUGUUUAUGAAUCAAUUAUUGAUCUUAUUGAUGGACAAGCUCAAACAUUGUUUAUUAAGUCACAAUAUAAGAUUGAAACUGGUGAAGCUGAACGUAUUUCUGUCGACCAUGUUGCUCAUACAACUCUUGGGGAAGGUGGUGAAGGUUCUUCGCUUAUUGCACACCUGACAACUCAAAGGAAUGCAAUUAAAAUGUUGCAUACUAGAAUAAAGAUUCUUCAUCAAUACCUUGUCAAUGCUAAAACAGAUGAAUCAUGUGUUGAUCAUGAUGUUCUUCGUCAAAUUGCCGGACUUUGUAAUAGAUUGCCAACUAUUGACAGUGCUGAUUUCAGACAAGAAUUCCUUACGGAAUACAAUGAUGUUUUAUUGACUUCAUAUCUGGCGACUAUAACCAAAGGAACUAAUUGCAUCAAUGAGCUUGUUGACAAGUUUAAUAUUGCAACCAGUACAAAUAAAUCGGGAGGACGUAGUAGACAUCAACAUCAGGGAUUCUCGAAUUUCUAAUUAAUGGAAAUUUCGUUUAAAGAAUUCAAGGUAAAGAAAUUUCUUAUUUGUAUUUAAUUAUAUGAUAUUUUCUAAUAAAUAAAGUUAAUUAAUUACCAGGAUUUACCAACCUAAUAUUUAA